AUGGCAACGCGUUCGAUAGAGGACUUAGUGGGGCUCUUUGGUUCAUCGACGCCUGAAGCAGUGAACAUCAGGUCUCUCUCUGACGUCCAAAACCUCUACCAAGAGUCGCGCGUAAAGUCCCUAGAGCGCAAGCUUUCGUGGAAAGGCCUUUUCUUUGUCGAAAUUACUCGCUCUCCUGAUGGAUCAAAAUUCGUGUUGACGCCUCAACCAGAAGCUUUUGUAGACGCCACUGACGAGUUCUUUGAUAGAGGGCAAGUCCCACAGGCCUUUGGAUGCACGUGCAUUGCCUUGUUCGCCGCACUGCUAUGGAAGAACAUCGGCAAUCCGCUGUUUCGAUGUGGACUGAUUCUCCGCUUUCACUCUAUGCAGGAAAGCAAAAAAAAAAUUUUGAGGCUCAUCGAACUGCAUUUCCCUUUUCUGCAAAAACUCAUCGACCAUUUUCAACCAUUCGUUGACCUUCUCUGCCUUUCCUCGGCUGACGUUGUGGCCGAAACGGAGCAAAAAGCUGCAGUAGGCUGUGUAGCGGAAAUUUUCAGGCACGCUGUCCUGGGAUACCAUGAGAGAAUCAAGCAAAUCGAGAAGGAUAUCCCGACUUCGGUUGUCGUUGGACUGUUUUGUGUUGGUUGUGAAGAUAUAAAGAGCAGCUUAAAAUCGACAGUUCGAAGCGUUUCACAGCUUCUUCUUGAUGUACUGGCAAAGCGCUUCCGCGACCAGUGCAAGCAGACACUGGAGGAGUUUAAGGGGAUUAUCGCAACACUGAAGCAGCAGCCUGCGGGAAUCGAAGAGCUUACAGAGCUCAGGGAGUUUAUGGACGAUACCCCAGCAAAACUCGAAGCCCUCGCUGUCGAGAUUAAGGCGGCGCUGCACAUAUUUGAUGUGCUAGAAUCCUUUAAAUACAGGCUCCUUGUGGAGGAUCACAACCUGCGUUGGAGGCUUUACGGGUCACCUGCUGAGAUCCUAGAACUGUCAAAUGAAGUGGCCUCAUCCCUUGUCAAAGAAAGAGCGCGUUUCCUGGAUGAUAUGCUAGUCCAGCAGAGUGAGUUCGCAGCCACGAUUGCUGACCUUACUGACGUUGUUGCCGGCUUUGCCAACUUCACGGAUAUGUCGAAACUUGCCGAGGUAUAUGAUAGCGUCCUUGCCGUUGGGGAGAGGAUCGACAUGAGCAUUCAGCAGGCCAAAGUGUUCAACCACAGGGAGCGUCUUUUUGGGAGAGACGUGACGGACUAUACUUCCAUAACGAAGAUACAAAAGCUUUUUGAACGCAUAGGCGAGCCGCAACUAGACGAGGGUGCCAGUCUUACGCUAGGUUCUUUAUUGAACAAGGGCAUUGCAGAAUGCACGGAUUUUGUAGUCGAACUCGGAGAGUUAGCGACGAAGGAAAGCUACCUUGAGAAGGCUCUUCAAACGAUGAAAGCAGAGUGGGAGCACAUCCAGUUCGAUUUCCCCGAGACAUACAAGGACACAGACACGUACAUCCUGAAAGGCACAGAAGAAAUAGUUGGAUUGCUCGACGAGCAUAUUAUGACUACGCAAGGGUUGCAGUUUUCGAUUUACAAAAAGCCACUCGAAAAAGAGAUUGAUGAGUGGGCAACUCUUAUCAUGACGGCAUCCGAAACCCUUGAUGAGUGGCUCAAGUGCCAGAGAGCUUGGCUGUACCUGCAGCCGAUCUUCCACUCACCUGACAUACCCAAGCAACUUCCUGCAGAAACAAAACGGUUCUUCACAGUCGAUACCGCGUGGAGAGUGCUCAUGCGGCACACAUAUGAGGAGCCCCUGGUGUUGACAGCAUGCUCAACUCCUGGCCUUCUGGACAAGCUCCGCGAGAACAACAGGCUAUUAGAGCGUGUACAAAAAGAACUGCAAUCAUAUCUCGAACUCAAACGUAGCCAGUUUGCUCGAUUUUAUUUCCUUUCCAAUGAUGAACUGCUUGAGAUUUUGUCGGAAACGACGGACCCACUAAAGGUUCAGCCAUUCCUAUGCAAAGUUUUUGAGAACAUGAAUGAGCUGGAGUUUUCCUCGGAUCUUGUGGCCACCGCUAUGUUCUCUGCGGAAGGCGAAAGGAUGGCAUUUGUCAAAGGCCUCGUAACGGCAGGCAGAGGCGUCGAGACGUGGAUGCAAGACUUAGAGCAGAUAAUGAAAUUGUCAGUGAGGGAAUCACUUCACAAAGCUAUACUUGACUAUCCCAUAUCCGAGCGGACAACGUGGGCGAUGACGCACGCUGGGCAGUGCGUCCUGAAUGGCAGCCAAACGCAUUGGACAGCUUUGGUAGAAGAUGCGAUCCAAAAUGGGCAGCUUAAGAGCCUUAUGGAGACUCAAACGCAGCAACUCCUGGAUUUGGUUGCGCUUGUCCGAAGGGGGCUUAGCUCUAUGCAGAGCAUCACCAUCGGGGCCCUUAUUGUCAUUGACGUCCACGCCAAAGACAUCGUGCAGCGCCUGUGGAAGGAAGAAGUGUCCAGCGUGGAGGCAUUUGAGUGGAUUGCUCAGCUGAGGUAUUACUGGAGAGAUGACAAUUGCUGGGCUCAGUGUGUACAAACUGAUUUCCCUUACGGGUACGAAUACCUCGGGAACACCUUCCGGUUGGUGAUCACUCCACUCACAGACAUGGCCUACAUGACACUGCUGAGCGCUCAGCAGCUAAACCUCGGAGGAUCGCUGGCAGGCCCCGCAGGGACUGGGAAAACGGAAACAACAAAGGACUUGGCCAAGGCCUUGGCAACCCAGUGUGUAGUUUUCAACUGCUCGGAAAUGAUGGACUUCAUAAUGAUCGCAAAAUUCUUUAAAGGAUUGGCUUCCUCAGGGGCCUGGUGCUGCUUUGACGAAUUCAAUCGAAUCAACAUAGAAGUCCUAUCUGUCAUAGCGCAGCAGCUGGUUGUGCUUUUUGGGGCAAAAGCUCAGCUUGAGGGCUAUGGGAUGACUCUCGAGAUUGAUUUUGAAGACUCGCGCAUACUUGUGGAGCCAACGUUUAACGUGUUUAUUACCAUGAACCCUGGAUACGCCGGAAGAACAGAACUUCCUGACAAUCUCAAGUGUCUUUUCAGGCCUAUGGCCAUGAUGGUGCCCGAUUACUCAAUGAUUGCGGAAAUCAUGCUGUAUAGCUUUGGAUUCGAUCACGCCAGAGAAUUAGCAACAAAGAUGGUGGCAACAUUUAAGCUGUCAUCAGAGCAGCUUUCUUCUCAGGAUCACUACGAUUAUGGCAUGAGGGCGGUUCGAUCAGUCAUUAAUGCCGCAGGGGUUCUGAAGAGGAAACACAGUACCAUGGAUGAACAGAUGAUUCUUCUGCAGGCACUAAAAGAUGUGAACUUCCCAAAGUUCCUGUCGCAUGACCUUCCGCUAUUUGAAAACAUCAUAGCUGACCUAUUUCCCGGCAUCGAUGUGCCCCGUGCCGACAACCAAGUUCUUCUGGAAGCACUCUUGCGCCAGGCAGAUUUGCUGAAGCUACAGCCAGUGGCGCCCUUCAUGAGGAAGGUCAUGCAGUUGUACGACACAGUUCAGGUCCGCCAUGGUCUCAUGCUUGUGCAUGUAAACGUUCUAAAUCCGAAAUCCGUAACCAUUGGGCAACUAUAUGGAUGUUUCAACGAAACAACACAUGAAUGGACAGAUGGUCUCGCUGCGGCACUUAUACGUCAUGCAAUCCGCGACACCUCUUCCGACCAGCAUUGGAUCAUGUUUGACGGUCCGGUAGAUGCAUUGUGGAUUGAGAGCAUGAACUCCGUUUUGGACGACAACAAGAAGCUGUGCCUUAACUCAGGGGAAAUCAUUUCGCUCACGAGCAGAACAGUAAUGAUGUUUGAAGUCGAAGACUUAUCCGUAGCCUCGCCUGCAACAGUCAGUCGUUGUGGAAUGGUAUAUAUGGAACCAGAGGUCCUUGGAUUUUCUCCACUAGUUGCUUCUUGGUUGAAGGCGCUCCCUCCAACGUUUAAAGACACGCACAAAACACUCAUUGAAAAAUUGUCCUGCAGCAUCUUCCCAGGAGGAAUUGCGGUUCUUAGGAAAAAGUGCAAGGAGGUCGUUUCAACUGUAAACUCCAACCUGUGUGCCUCGUGUCUUCGAAUGCUCGGCUCCAUCUGUUCUCGCUACCGUCCAGUAGACAAGCCAUCUGACUCAGAGCAUGGUCCCGGCAGAAAGAAAAUAGACGAUUGGCUUAAAAGCCGCGUGCAGGAGCUCGGGCUUGAUAUUGGGCACUUGGAUGUUGGUUGCAGCCUCUACGAUUUCUGCUAUGACAUCAAUACCCACCAGUGGACCCCUUGGGGGGAUACAGUUCCAUUAUUUGUUGUUCCGAAAGGCGCAUCGUACGAGAACAUAGUGGUUCCAACCUUAGACUCGAUCCGCUUGGCCCAUUCGAUUACUACGUUAUUACUUAACGGCCAUAGUGUAAUUUGCCCAGGCCCGACUGGGACUGGGAAAACCGUCAACUUGACUGAUCUCCUCCUACUGACGUUGCCGGAUACCUAUGAAACACAUCUAAUGACGUUUUCUGCCCACACUAGGGAUCUGUUGGAAGCAAAGUUGGAAAAGAGACGCAGAGGUGUUUUUGGCCCGCCCGCUGGCAAGACAUGCAUUUUUUUCAUUGAUGACCUAAACAUGCCGCGGAAGGAAGAAUUUGGAGCUCAGCCUCCGUUAGAACUUCUGCGGCAGUGGUUCGACCACAGAGGCUGGUAUGAUCGCAAAGGUUUGACCUUCCAAGAAAUUGUGGACGUGCGCAUGGUGGCUGCCAUGGGUCCCCCAGGAGGCGGGCGCAACGAAAUAUCUGCGCGUCUGUUGAGGCAUUACUGUGUCCUAGCGUUCGACGAGCUCCAACGAGCUUCAAUUGCAACAAUUUUCCAAACGCUCAAUAGACAUUGCUUCCAGCAGUUUUCCCCAGACAUUCAAGCCCUCACGGAUCCCCUUGUAUUCGCGACCAUUGACCUCUACGCAGAAGUCACGAAAACCUUGCUUCCAACUCCAACAAAGUCCCACUAUACAUUUAACAUGCGCGAGAUUUGGAAGGUGUUUCAAGGGCUUGCAUUUCUUUCUCCGAAAGCAGUGAAGGAACCCGCCGCUGUCAUCAGAUGCUGGGUUCACGAAACAUGCCGCGUUUUCUGCGACCGUCUUGUUGACGAUGAGGACAGGAUAUGGUUCUAUAACCUCCUUCAAAGGCAGGCCAAACGAACGUUUGAUAUUGAAUUCUCUGAAGUAAAGGAGAUGGCGUCCAUGAUCUUCGCUGAUUUUGUUGGACAGGGGUUAAAUAGGUACUACUUGGAGGUCUCCUCUGCUGAAAAGCUCAAGCAAGUAGUUGAGGAUUACAUGCAAGAUUACAACAACACCUUCGCAGUUCCCCUACAGCUCGUGAUGUUCAGCGACGCAUGUGCCCAUGUGGCGCGAAUCUGCCGCGUACUUCGGCAGCCGUCGGGGCACGCGCUUCUCUUGGGAGUAAGAGGCUCCGGGCGACAGUCGCUUAGCCGCCUUGCUGCUUUCAUCAUGGAGACGGAGUGCUUUCAGAUCGACGCUACCAAAGGUCUUUCGAAAGAAUAG